CUCUCUUACCAGGGAACACCUGAAACCUGAGGAGGGACAGGCAGGAGAGUGGCCAUGGAGGAGACCUAUCACAAAGUGGAGAUCAGCAGCAAAGAAAUCCUGAUGAAUGAGGCCCCGCCGGUUUACACCGCUUCGCCCCGGCUCCUGCCUGGCCUGCCUUGCAAGAAGCCCUUGAUCAUCGUGGUGGUGGUGGUGGUGAUUGUCUUAAUCGUUCUUGGCUUCCUGCUGAUGGGGCUGCAUAUCACACAGAAGCACACGGAGACAGUCCUCCAAAUGACCAUUCAAGGUUUAGAUGGGGAAGGCUCCUCCCAACACCUUUCCAUGAGCAGAAAGGAACGGCUGGCCACCUUCCACAUCAACCUUCAUGCCAAUGCAUCGGCUACCGUGGUCUACGACUUCAACAACCUCCUGAUAGGCUACCGAACCUGGCCAGGCCAGUCUUGCUACAUCACCAGAAUCAACAAGGAGAACCUCCAAAGCCUGGAUGCUGUUGUCCAAACCUUCCAACAUGUCCAGCCAAGGCCACUCACGCCUUCCCUCAAACCAGACAAAGAGGACAGGGAGGAACUCUCCAAGCCACUGGCUGACCGUUCCCUCCUGGGCACGACAAUUAACAUCCUCUGCAGCAGCGUUCCCAUCGACUGGGUUUGAGGAGAGAAGAGGAGACGGGCCGUCCAGACAAGUUGGGCCAAUGCGCUCAAUGCCUACGAACAAAAUCGAACAGAUCCGCCAGCAAAAACUUUCAGGCGCCAGAUUGGCGUGCAGCCAUUGCGAUGCCCAAGAGAAAAGCCAGACUCCAGAGAUUAUGCCUUUGUUAGGGUGAACUGACAUAUGCAUCAUUUUUAACGUUGCUGUAUUUUCACACUCAUUUGCUGAUGAUACAAAUUGGGGAUAAUUUGUGCCAUACAUUUUGUACUGAUUUGCCUGUCUAUGUUUUAUUUUGGCUUUGCAAACCAUCUUUUUUCAAUCUAUAAUAAAGAACGUGCACAGAGA